AUGAACGACAAUUUUAACAGAGCUCCCGGAGCAGGGAGAAGCCGAAAUCUUCCAGUAGACGCUGCACUCCAGAGUACGGUUUGGGACAGCGACAGUCGCUUUACAGAUUUCAACCAAAGGGAACCUUUGCGACAGCCUCGAACAUACCCUGCUAACGGCGAUUUUAACAUUAGCUCGGCCACUGAAAAUGGCGCUACAAGUGGCGAUAGCGGAGACAGUAAAAGACAAAGUGUAGACCAGCACAGUGUAAAUGCCAACAGUCCUUCCAGGGCGUGUAAUCAUUUGGAUUCCUUGGUUGAAUCGUCCAAACUCUCUGCCAGUGCUCCGGAGUUUGUCCCAAAUGCCAUGUACCAAAAUGACGUCCAGACAUAUUAUGAGGACAAUGACGACACUUUCAGUGCUCCGUCCUUGGCUGAAAUGGUCCGUGACUUCCUUUGCCACCUAAGCUCCUCACCUGGAAUGUUCGAGUCGGACGUUGAACACAUAACAAGCGAGCUUAAUUCCUACGUUACCACAGUGGAGUUGUUGGCAGAGCUGGUGGACCUGAUCUACACAGAGUCCACAGCCAUUCCUAACUUCGCUUACACGGGCGCGCGGCUUUGUAAUUAUCUGUCCCAUCAUCUCAACCUCAGCCCAUCUAGCGGUAACUUUCGUCAGCUGCUGCUUCUAAGGUGUCAAAAAGAAUUUGAGCAGCGAGAUGUCGCAGUGCAGGGAGACCGAGACACACAGAAGAAGUUCCACGCAUUUGUGCUGUUUCUUGGAGAGCUCUACCUUCAUCUGGAGCUAAAGAGUGGCAAAGGAGCUUUAACCCGAGCUCAUAUCCUUCUACAUGCAUUGAAAGAGCUGCUGGACUCUCUCCUUUCUAGUCCUGUGGAUGCAAACAUCAUCUGUGCCGUCAAACUACUCAAGCUGACUGGUUCUGCCUUGGACGAUGCUUGGAAAGAAAGUGGAAACACAUUCAUGGAAGAGCUGAUCCAGAGGAUAGAAACAAUUGUACUGGAUGCUACAUGCAGUAGGGAGGUCCGACAAAUGCUUCUGAAACUAGUGGAGCUGAGGUCCAGUGACUGGGGAAGAGUGUGCACUGCAGCGGCCAGCAACGCUACCCCUGAUAAUGAUCCCAAUUACUUCAUGAAUGAACCUACGUUCUACACAGAAGACGGAACUCCUUUUACAGCAGCAGAUCCAGAAUAUGCUGAGAAAUACCAAGAGAUCAUGGAAAGGCAAGAUUAUUUCCAUGAGUUUGGUGCAGAAAAUGAAACUGAAAAUGAUGAGUACGACUUUGACGACGAGAUGGACCCUGAGAUCGAAGAAGCCUAUGAGAAUUUCUGUUUAGAGUCGGAGAGGAAACGACAGCAAUGA